AUGACUUUAGAUUCUCGCCCAACUUCGAUUCCAUGUCGGGAGACGGGGCAGCGGCAGAGGGCUCGCAACCGAAAGCGAUCGCGAGCCCUGAGUAAGGAAUCUUGGGAGAAGGGGAGAUGGAAGAUGAACGCGAAGGUGAACGCGAAGGUGAACGCAAAGGUGAACGCAAAGGUGAACGCAAAGGUGAACGCAAAGAUGAAUGCAAAGGUGAACGCGGUGGGCAAGCGAGAGGGGGAGAAAGAAGCAGAGAAAAAGGCGGAGAAAGAGGAGAUGAGAGAGGAGAUGAGUACCGAAACAGUCAAUGUGGAAGAAGACGAGGGUCGGCCUAGAUGGGCUGAUAGUCAGGACAGUUUUGUGCACGAUGAUUCUUGGUGCGGCUACAGUGAAAACCAAGCGGAUCCCUCCAGGUAUUCCCCGGGAGUUGAUAACGGACUGUAUGAGGGUUGA